AUGGCAGAUGAUAAGGAGGCACUUGCGCCUGCCAAUCCCCGUCUCCUGCAGUCCUUCGUGGUGCUCAACGCCCGUGGCACGCGAAUUACCACGACGGCCGCCACGCUGGGGCGCCUGGCUCUCCCUGGCACUUUCUUCGGCUCCUUCGAUUGGGGCUCGCAGGAGCCCGAGGAGAUCUUUCUGGAUCACGAUCCCGCUGCCGUGGCCGCAGUGCUGACGGCCUUCGCGAAUGUCCGCUUCGGCACACCGGAGGCCCUGGGUGCAAUACGCCAUGCGGCGGCCCAGAUUGCGCCCGCCUUGCGCCCUCUCCUACACUUUCUGGGGCUGGAGUGGCUGUGCGGCCUGCACUUUGCAUCGAGCUUCGACGACAGCCGCGCGUGCAGUGCAAGGUGCAAGGAAGACCUCUCGCGCGAUGGCUUUGUCUGCUCCAUGGAUAUCUUGCAGCAUCUGGCCGAGGGGGCCGGCAAGAACUCGUGGACGCAGCUGCCCGAGAUUGCGCUGUUGGAUGAGCAGGUGGAGCUCUAUGGUGUCGGCGACGAAGCAUUUCUCUUGGAGCAAGGAGGCUUCGUGCCUCUGGGAGAAGCUCGUUGCUGGGACGUCCCUGGAGAAGGUGACUGCCAGUGGUCCUUUGCGCCUCAGACGCGGAUGGUUCUGGACCUGGGACCUUCGCGCGCCGUGUGGCCCACAGGCCUGAAGAUGGCGCUGCUCGUUCCGGAUCUCCUGGCUUCGACGGAUGCGUUCAGCCUGGACAUUCGUUUGGAAGGAGUUGGCGAAUUCCAGGAGGCAACGGAGAUCCUGGCGUUGGCGGUUUUCCGAAUCCGUGGGCGAGAAUCCGGCAGCCACGCCAGCAGCUUCCUCUGUGACCUGCCAGUGCCCGAAAAUCGCCAAAGCGCAUUUCGCAUGCUGCGCCUGAGCGCGACGCUGCAGGACCGGCGCGUGGGCUGCCUCUCGCUGCAGAUCUACGGCGAUCUUUUCCAGAACCUCCCGCUGGAGUUGCGUGCCUUCCCGCGUGACAACUUCGCUUUUACGGCGGAGUACAGCAAGUACGAGCGCGUCGGCAAAGGGAAGACCCCUUACCAUGGCAGCGCCGGCUUCUACCAGGAGUGGAUCUAG